GCCAUUUCUGGACGCCGGCGACCCGAUUUGGCAGGGGACAUCGCGGGAAGAUGAGCGCCUGCGAUCACCGACGUUUGCUGCCUUCCAUCCCCCGAACAACUGCUGCGUUCGCCGUCAUUGACGUUAUGGACUGCCUGGCAAGGCGCGACGUCCGUCAUCCGAGGCGCGAUGCAUCGUACCACGGGGAAUGAGUUCGGUUCUCCCUUGGGGCGGUUUCCUCCAUUUAUUUCCCUCCGUCAUCCCUCCUCAUCUUACAUUCCAGCCGACCUAAAGAACAUAUCCAGCUUGCAAUCAUAUCUAGCGCGGAACCAUGUCUUCGCGUAUCUUGUCGUCCUCGAGACCUGAUUCAUGGAUACCAUACCUACUAGACAAAGCCUGGAACGCGACGACGGAGGGCGUGUUCAAUCUUUUGCGCGGAAAUGAAUCGCUUAAUCCUGUCUGUCGUUUGGCGGAAGUAGCGGUUAUCAACGUUCUCAAGAAGAUAGACCACGGUCACUUAUCCGUCGUCACUCCCACUCGGACGUAUACUUUUCCCUCAACGGAUGUUCCACAUAAAGAGACUGUCUAUGACAAUGAAGAAAUUGUGGAGAUACGCGUCUUGGAGUCGACAUUCUGGCUUCGUCUUGGGAUCAUGUCGGAUCUUGGAUUCGCUGAAGCAUACAUGUUUAGCGAGGUCGAUUGCGACAAUUUGCCUGCGUUGUUUCGACUCUUUCUGAACAACCGCGACGCUUUUGCCACGUUGAACUCGCCAUUUUCCUCUGUCUUCAUCCGGAUAUCUGGAGUUAUAGCCAAAUCGCGUUUCCUAAACUCCCUUGGUAAUGCUCAAGGUAAUAUCGGCGCACACUACGAUAUUAGCAAUGAUAUGUUCAUAGCAUUCCUUUCGAAGGAUAUGACUUAUUCGUGUGCUAUUUUUCCUGAUCUCGACGCGGAUCUCUACCCUGUGGAUAGGGCACAAGACACGAAGAAGCCCACGGGCUCCGACCAGAGGAAUGCAGUGACGAAGGAGAAUGCAUUUUCCAUGGAGGUCAUUGAUACUUUGCUUUCUUAUCCAUCUCCGCCUGUUCAUGACUUUGCAUACCCAUCGGCCUCGUCCGGAUCACUUGGUUCUCCGGCUUCACCUUCACCUCCGCUUUUCGCGCUAUCCAGCGUCUCUGGUGAAUUUCCGUUGGCCGAUGCCUCCGCUUUUACGACAUCUUCGUCUGGCCCUCAAGGUGCCCUUCUUGAUGCUGAAGCUUCCACCUCUACCUUCGUGACUUCCACGUCUUUCCCAAAUGAAGAAGAGAAAGCAUCUACUUCCGGCGAACUCGUUACAAAGUUCAAUAAAUUGCAAGGCGGAAUAGAAGCGGAAGAUGAGGAUGAACUAUACCAAGCUCAAGUGAGGAAGUUGGACUACAUUAUCAAGAAGGCCGACAUCCGCCCAGGUCAUCGAGUCCUAGAGAUAGGUUCCGGUUGGGGAUCACUAGCUCUACGCAUUGCUCAAAAUAUUCCGGACACCACCGUCGAUACCAUAACGCUAUCUCUUCAACAACAGCAGUUCGUUCAGAAGCGCAUACUAGAGACCUCGUAUUCCGCUGGCGACGGAGAUGGUUACGUCGACCGGGAUGGUAAGCACCGGGUGCGGGUUCAUCUAAUGGAUUACAGAGCCAUGCCCAUUGAAUGGGAGCACUCCUUCGAUCGAGUGGUAAGCAUCGAAAUGAUCGAAGCCGUCGGGAAGGAAUACCUUGAGCUUUAUUGGGCUCAAAUCGACUGGGCCCUGAAGAGACACACGGGGGCUGGCGUCAUCCAAUGCAUUACAAUCCCGGAAGCUCUUUUCCCUGGAGGACACCUUCCCACGUUAAACCACCUCGUUGCCAGCCUAACGGCUGGUUCGAAAAAUACUCUGGUCGUGGAUUCCAUCAGUAACAUCGGACCGCAUUACGCGCGGACGCUGAGAGAGUGGAGGCGACGUUUCGAGUGGGCGUUUGAUGGUGCUAUCGUCCCAGCAUUGAAGAGAGAGUAUCCCGACGUCAUGGAUGGCCCAAAUGGGGAGAAAGAAAUCGAGGUCUUUAGACGCAAAUGGAUUUUCUAUUACUGCUAUUGCGAAAUAGGUUUCGCUACACGAUCUCUCGGCGAUCAUAUCAUCUCUUUCACGAGAGAUGGAUUCGAGGGUUAUGGAUGUCAUGUGUUUGGAUGAUGUUGGAGCAACCGGCUAGGCGUUUGAGAUUUCUUGAAAGAACAUGAGUGGGUGUGUCGUAGCGGAACUAUUCUUCCCGCCCAAUGUUGACCACCACCUUGCUUGCCCGGCAGCUUCCGGCGUUCUACAGUACUUGUAAUCGAUAAUCGAUCAUGGUCAAUGUAAACCCUUCAUGCAGAAACACAGUCGAACGUGCCGGGUGAAAGUUGGUCUUGGUGAGUGCUCGCCGAUAACGUUCGGGUGCAUUCUAAAUUGGUUCUGAUGCUGACUAUACCGAAUAAUUGUUUAUCAGAAAU